UCAAGGCAGAAAAUCCCACAAUUUUAACUGCUUUUAACUGGGUUAUCUGAGUCCACAUUCAGAUAAUGUGGAAUUUUGGUUAAGAUCGCCCAUCCCCAUCAUAAUCAUAAUUAUAUUCCUUGACCUUUUAUAUUGGUCGCACUUCUCCUGGUUACUUGACAUUGGCUCAGGGCUCCUCUCAUCCCAGAUUGACUUCAAACGAACUUGUAGCACUUUAUCUAUGUUUUGAAUUCGCAACUUAUAGUGUGCAUUUUGCUGAUCUACUAUUACAGCCUCACUGCUUUUAAUUCUAUGUUUUUAAUAAGUGUUUUUUUAAAUGUUCUGGUUAAUGUGUAAAUGCUACUACUGGUGCAUGUUAUUGUUUGUUGAUGUAUUGUAUAUUGUUAUUGUUUUGUAUCUGAUAUUUCUGUGAGCCGCCCCGAGUCCCCUUUCGGGGGAGAUGGAGGCGGGAUACAAAUAAACUUAUUAUUAUUGUAUGACAGCAAACAAGAUAGAUAUGCUGGAUUUCGUAUCACAAAAUCACAAGUUGAACACUUCCCAAGUGUCUAGGACACUUAUUAUUAUUAUUAUUUUCUGCCAUGAUAUUCUGAGAUAUAGGGCUGUGUGGGUUAUCUGAGUCCACAUUGCCAUUUAUUCCAGUUCAAAGUAGAAAAUGUGGGAUUUUAUUCAGCUGUGUGGAAAGGGCCCAAAACUGAACGCGGAAACACUUUACGAAGCGUGUGGGUCUAAUAUUGAAGAGUCUAUGUUCAAGGCGCUAGGAGAGGGGCGGCACUUGUGCUUUCCGCCUACGGGAGGCGCUGCUGUCCAAAACUAGUGGUGAAAACGAGCGCGGGUAAAGGAGCGCGAAGGCUUCCCGGAGCGCAUGCGCAUGACGAGGAGGGGGGGGGAGAGAGAUCCGGAAGCGCCUCGUGCGCCUGCGCGAGGGAGCUGAGGCGCUUCUGGGCUCGCUGUGAGGCGAAGGAGAAAAAGAGCGGGUCGAGGAGGAGGCGGAGGAGGAGGAGGGCUCGGCUCUUGUUUUCCCUCGCUGCGGCCAUGAGCGUCGCGGCCUUGGUUUCCCCCGCCUUGCCCUCGCCUGGGCCGCCGCCUCCUCCGACCGCAACCGUUGCUACGACCACGGCGCUUCCCGCCGGGACAGGCCCGGCCGCCGCCGAGAGCUAUGAGGAGGAAGACCUGGACAGCCCCCUCGACGAAGAGGAUGGCGAACGGAGCGGACGGGCGCGGGACUCCGACGAGGAUACAGAAGAUGCGAGUGAAACAGAUCUGGCAAAGCACGAUGAGGAGGAUUAUGUCGAAAUGAAGGAACAGAUGUAUCAGGAUAAAUUGGCAUCUCUCAAGAGGCAGCUACAGCAACUACAAGAAGGUACUUUGCAGGAAUAUCAGAAAAGAUUGAAGAAGCUGGACCAGCAGUACAAAGAGAGGAUACGCAAUGCAGAGCUUUUUCUCCAGUUGGAAACAGAGCAGGUGGAACGGAACUACAUCAAGGAAAAGAAGGCAGCCGUGAAAGAGUUUGAAGAUAAAAAAAUUGAGCUGAAGGAAAACCUGAUUGCCGAAUUGGAAGAGAAGAAAAAAAUGAUCGAAAGUGAGAAGUUAACCAUGGAGCUCACAGGAGAUUCCAUGGAAGUGAAGCCUAUUAUGACAAGGAAAUUGAGACGGCGGCCCAACGAUCCUGUUCCCAUCCCCGACAAAAGGAGAAAGCCUGCCCCUGCUCAGCUGAAUUAUUUAUUAACAGAUGAGCAGAUAAUGGAGGAUUUGAGGACCCUUAAUAAGCUCAAAUCACCUAAAAGACCAGCAUCUCCUUCGUCACCAGAACACCUGCCGGCAACCCCUGCGGAGUCCCCGGCCCAGCGCUUUGAGGCAAGGAUAGAAGAUGGCAAACUGUACUAUGACAAAAGAUGGUAUCACAAGAGCCAGGCGAUUUAUCUGGAGUCCAAGGAGAACACCAAAAUCAGCUGUGUCAUCAGCUCUGUGGGAGCCAAUGAGAUCUGGGUGCGGAAGACCAGCGACAGCACCAAGAUGAGGAUCUACCUUGGCCAGCUCCAGCGGGGCGCGUUUGUGAUCCGCAGGCGAUCGGCCGCAUGACUUUUUGCCCAGGCCUCCCUCUUUUGUCAAAGACAAUCAGCUCUCCUGAGGACUCCCCCGGCCCCUUCGGAGGCAGCCGUUCUGCUGCCAGCGUUAUUCCAACCUGCCAGGAAGCCCACACUAUGUCCUAGGACUUGGCCUGAGGCUUUAGCUGAGCCUUUCUUGCUUCCAAAGACUAUUUAAUAAGAGUGUAUGCCUGAGUUCUCCUUCGUUUACAUGGUGAAACAGGUAUCCUUUUGUAUCCCCAAGCCCCGUUGCUUUAUGGAGAUAAGACCCAAUAGGCUGUUGAAUAAGUGGUGGAUGACUGAAUGCAUCACUUGUCCAAUAGCCAGUGUUUUGGCAUAUUGAGGCCUUUGGGGACGUUGUUGGGAGGGUUUGUAAGCUCCUGCGUCAUCCUGGACUCCCUCUUGAUUCUGUACAUGGUGAACUCAAAGAAUGCCGUUUGACUGCUCUGAAGCAGGGAGCACUCCUGAGUUUUCUUGGUAGCCCUUUUUAUCAGUAAUGAACAUGGCAGGAGUGUUUUUUCCCCUUUGACUGAGGCUUCCUGUGAAGGGCAAAUCAAGGGCAUAUCCAGAUUCUGGGCAAAGGCUUCCUUUGUUGGCAUUGCACAAAUGGUGGGUGUCUGUCACUUUUCCUGGGUGACAGCAGACCUCCUUGGAAAGGGCUUUUCUGUUGCCAAACAACGCAUGCCUCGAGAGGCCUCCUUUUUGUGUGCCGGCCCUUAAAAACUCACCGCGUGCUAGCGAGUGAGACUCGUUCUUGAUCCCAGGAUUGUGCAGUGCCCAACUUUGAAGUCUUGUGCUGUUCCUGUAACCAGACGGCAGCAGUGAAGUUGCUUCCGAAAUAUUCUGCAUCUCCCAAACUUAGCUUGUGGUGUUUUCUUGAUCCCCAGCUUCAGAACAGGCCAUCUUCCUGGUGGCUUCCGUUCUCCUCCCAGCCUAGUCUUCACACCGUCUCUCCUAGAACCAGAUUGCUGAAGGGCUUCUGUCUGCUUGUAGGGAUUAUGAGGAGCCUGCCUUCCUGCUCCUUCCUUAUUCAGCCUCCACCGAAUGUUUCCGCCAUCCUUUCAUUUCCUGUUUCUUGCAGCCAGGUGGCAGCCAAGUUUCAGCAUUUUGGGGUCCAGCUUCCAACCACCAAGCCAGGCUUUGGGUCUAGAUGUGGCCGUUCAAACAGCCAACCUGUUUGACUCCUUUGCUUCUUCCCCACCUGUCUGUUCAAGAUUCAGAAGUCAGUGACAGCUGUCCUGAAAAGGCCACUUUCGGCCCCUCCCAUCAAAGUUUUGCUUGCAGGAUGGGGAACCUUUGGUGCCCCAAACAAUUUGGCCUACUAUCAUACUACUACCUAUGAUAAUCAUAAUAUAAUGUACUAUCUCCAUGAUUCCUUGAUGUUGACCAUGCUAGCGGAGACUUUUGGUAACUGAGGUUCAACAUUCCCUCACAGCACCAUUUCCAAGGGUUAUCUGUGUGCACUUGAUGUGCGGCAAAGUUAUGGAGAUAAUUUGAAGGAAACUGGAACAUGGGAUGGGGAGCAUUGAUCUGUGUAGCUCAGUGAAGCCAAGGGCCUCAUAGACAUUCAGAAGCAACCCACAAUAACUCAUUUUCCGUGGUUUUGCUGGCACUGGAGGCAGGUGCUGAGAAAAUGACAAGCUUUUGUACCGUCAAAUUCCAAUAUGCUAGGAGGACGCAAAAAAAAAAAAGUAUUGGGAGAUGUGCAGCACAAACACCUUUCCCGCCAUUUACUUUGUUCCAAUCAGGAUUGUGGAAACAGUUGCAGAGUUGGCAGGGUUUUGUGCCGUGUGGAGUAGCGGGGUUGUGUGUGCAGCAUAUCGACAAUAGCAGCAUUCGAAGCUCUCAUUUGGCGGUGAGGGCCCAAACCUAACAACCUGUAAAUCUGCUUCUGUUUCCGUUUUCUAGCGUGCCUGGUUUGUCUUGUUCUCCCCCCCCCCCCUUUUCAAGAAGCCUGAAAUUGCAUAUGCUGUUAUUUUUCAUUUGUUUGGUUUUGUUAGCGACCUUGCGAGGUAGGUCAGGUUAAGAGAGGGCAGGCAGCUCAAAGCUACUUGUUGGGCCCUCAGGGUUGAGGGAAGAUAUUUAAUCGUUACACUGUUUUUUUUUAUGUCAGGGCUCUGUGUUUUACAGUUGGGAGAGGGGCACUGAAUGUGCAAUUGCCUUGUAAAAUCCAGCUUCCAACAACACUUUGGUCUUUGUUUAAAAAUAAAACUCGAAUUUGUAGCA